GUCACCGCGCCUGCGCGAGCCGCCGUGCCCCGGAAGCAGUUCUUUGGCCCUGUGACACGUAGCAACGGGUCCAGUUCAGGGUCUAAAACUGAGUUUGGGGGUUAUUUGGGGCUGCUGGAGCUACUGCCGCCACCGCCUCCGCGUUUGAUCGUUUGCAAUGUCAGGCUUUGAUAACUUAAACACGGAUUUCUACCAGACAAGUUACAGCAUCGAUGACCAGUCACAGCAGUCCUAUGAUUAUGGAGGAAGUGGAGGACCCUAUAGCAAACAGUAUGCUGGCUAUGACUACUCGCAGCAAGGCCGAUUUGUCCCUCCAGACAUGAUGCAGCCACAGCAGCCAUACACUGGGCAGAUUUUCCAUCCAACUCAGACGUACACUCCAACCACAUCUCAGCCAUUCUAUGGAAACAACUUUGAGGAUGAGCCACCUUUAUUAGAAGAAUUAGGUAUCAAUUUUGACCACAUCUGGCAAAAAACACUAACAGUGUUACAUCCAUUAAAAGUAGCAGAUGGCAGCAUCAUGAAUGAGACUGAUUUGGCAGGACCAAUGGUGUUUUGCCUUGCCUUUGGAGCCACCUUGUUACUGGCUGGCAAAAUCCAGUUUGGCUAUGUAUAUGGGAUCAGUGCAAUUGGAUGUCUAGGAAUGUUUUGUUUAUUAAACUUAAUGAGUAUGACAGGUGUUUCAUUUGGUUGUGUGGCAAGUGUCCUUGGAUAUUGUCUUCUUCCCAUGAUCCUACUCUCCAGCUUUGCAGUGAUAUUUUCUUUGCAAGGCAUGGUAGGAAUCAUUCUCACUGCUGGAAUCAUUGGAUGGUGUAGCUUUUCUGCUUCCAAAAUUUUUAUUUCUGCGUUAGCCAUGGAAGGACAGCAACUUCUAGUAGCAUAUCCUUGUGCUUUGCUAUACGGAGUCUUUGCCCUAAUUUCUGUUUUUUGAACUGAAUUUAUCUGGGAUGUGGACAUCGUUGGGCAAAAUACACAAAAAGGACUCUGAACUCUUAAAUUGGACCAAGAAACUGCUACAGUGCAACUCUCAUGCAGAUCCAAUGUUCGACUGUUGGAGCAGUGGAAGUAAACGUGUAUCUAUUGUUCAUUUUUAUGGAACUUUUGAAUACUCUCUUGGAUUUACCUGCAAUAUGACUAGCUUUAAGUGUUUGUGCUUAUACAAAUAAGAAGUGCUAUUUCUUUCCUGUUCCUGCAGCCUUUGGAAAACAACUUUUCUCCAUGCAAAUUACAUUAGGGUGUUUUUGAUAGAUUUUUGUCAACUGUGGAAAACUAAUCACAGAGCUGAUAAUCUUUCUUAAAAACAACCCACUCAUAGUGAAGAAGACACAAGACGUACUACAGAAAUACUUUUUCAAGGAAUUAGGAAAGAAAAAUUCCCUGUAUUCUCGAGGCAGAUGUGCUUGAAGCAAAAAAGUGAGCCCAACCUAGAGUUUUAUGAGUUUGCACUUCAAAAAUUUGACAUUCCGUAAAUUAUCUCAUGAAAUUUUUGCUAAAAUUCGUCGAUUCAAGAAGUUCCCAGUCUACCUUAUUGUAGACGUGAAAUGUGAACAUCUGUUUAGAUAUUAGCAUUAACUAAACCAUAGUGACCGAGGUAGGCCACAUUAAUGUUCAUAGUUGGGUCUCCAUGUUUCCCAGGCAAAAAGAAAAUCACUAACCUUUUUUUGAGAAAAAUAUUUAAAAUGUCACAAUUUCAAUAUUGCAGUUAUCAAUGUAAAGUGCAUUUGAUGCUUAUUAAUUAAAAUUUUCCCAAUUCAUUUAAACUGUGUUGUUGAGUUUACUUUUGCUAAAGCACUGUUCUCGGUGUCCCAUUUUCUUUCUUUAUUUUUUUUUUCUUUUUUUGAGGAAGAUUAGCCCUGAGCUAACAUCUGCCAUCAAUCCUCCUCAUUUUGCUGAGGAAAACUGACCCUGAGCUAACAUCUGCACCCAUCUUCCUCCACUUUAUAUGUGGAACACCUGCCACAGCAUGGCUUGACAAGCAGUGCAUAGGUCUGCACCCGGGAUCCGAAGUGGCAAACCCCAGGCCAUUGAAGCGGAACGUGCACAUUUAACUGCUGUGCCACCUGGCCAGCCCCCUCAGUGUCCCCUUUUCUUUAACUAGGAUCUGAUUUUGCCUUGUAUCCCAAUUUAUUUUAAGCUUUAAGAAUAGAAGUCAUCUAGUAUAGAAUCAGGAAAACAGAGAUUAAACAAGCAAUUUAUUUUGAGUUACAACAUUAUUUCUUUGUAUUAAGUUUAUUUGGUUUAUAUUGUCAUGCUCUCUUGCCAAAGAAACUGUAAGAAAAUACUGUAUCUUUUAUAUUGAUCAUUGGCUUUUUCUGGAGAAAUGGCCGAUGAUUCUGGACAAAGCUCACGUUUAUGAGAAAGAUGCCAUAUGGGGAAGAAAAUGUUGCCUUUUUGUAAAAACAAAACUUUCAGACUAAAUAAAAAGAAAUGCCAAGCUGA